AUGAUAACGACAACCAAUCCUUGGCAUUUAUUUCGUCAACAAUUAAUGCAAAUAGAAGAUAUUAGAAAUUCAUCAAUAUUAUUCGAAAAAAAUGAAAAAUCUAUGAGAAAUAUUAUUCAUGAUCAUCAUUGGAUUGAAUUUGAUAUUGAUAUUUUAAUGAAUACAAAAAUUCAUAAUAAAAUAUGUUCAUUAAUUCGUGUCAAUGAAUUAAAUCAUUCAAUUAUUGUUACAAAUAUUCUAAAUAAUAAUAAAAUAUUUCAUCCAUUUGAUAUUAUUCUUUCAUUUAAUGACAUAAAUUUUAUAAAUAUGACAAAAAAAAUAGCUCAACGUAUUAUCAAGGCGCAUCAAGGUCAAAUAGUUAAAAUGCGUAUUCGUCGUUUACAACCACCGAUUCUUGAAACUAUUGAACUUAAUUUACGGAAACAUAACUUUAUAAAAUCACGUAAACUUGGCUUUACGAUUAAUGGUGGAAUUGAUAAUAAUAAUAAUAAUCAUAAUAAUGAUCCAGGUUUAUUUGUUAUUGAUAUUAAACCAAAAAGUCCAGCAGCAAAUAAUGGACGUCUACGAAUAGGUGAUCGUUUAAUAGAAAUACGUAAUACAUAUAUUACUGUUAAUCUACAAUAUAUUGAAUUUGAAGUUGCUUCAAAAUUAAUUAAACGUAUGAGAAAAGAGUCAACAUCUAUCACACUUGUAGUUGCUCAUCAAACAUAA